AUGGACACUUCGGUCGUCAGGAGGCGGAGUACUCGCCUAGCAAGUAUUCAGUCGACUACAUCCGCAGCAAUAGUUACUUCGUCCGCCGAGCAUGAAGAAGUGAUUUACCCUGGAGCCGACGAAUCAGACUCUAGCCUUUCGCCGAUGGACGAGGAUUCUGACAAAAUUGUUGCGCCAAAGAAGGUCAAACGCAAGCCCAAGUCCCAAGGAAAGAAACGCAAAGGAUCUCAGCUCAAACCUGACGACGCUGUAGAGGAUGGAGGCGAGGAGGUAACGGCCUCGUCGCGGAAGAAAAGGCGAGCGAAGCCUGAACCAGUGUACGUCAUUCCCGAUGUCGAGAAGAGGACGACUACGUUUCAGGGGCGUCUCGGUUACGCGUGCCUCAACACCAUUCUGCGAAACAAGAAACCUGCGACGGAAGCUGUGUUUUGUUCGAGAACUUGCCGUCUCGACACGAUUAAGGAGAAGGGUAUAGACUUUGUGAAGGACUUGGGCGUCAAGAAUGUUGAAGAUUUACUGACGAUUAUUGAAUGGAAUGAAGCAAACAAUAUUCGCUUCAUGCGCAUUUCUUCCGAUAUGUUUCCAUUCGCUUCCCAUUCCGUGCACGGCUACUCUCUCAACUACUGCGCCCCUCUGCUUGCCCGAGUCGGGGAGCUCGCAUCGAAAUACAACCAUCGACUUACUACCCAUCCAGGGCAAUAUACCCAACUCGGAAGCCCUAAGAAAGAGGUCAUAGCUGCGGCAGUUCGGGAGCUGAAAUACCACUGCGAGAUGCUAGAUCUAAUGGGGAUUGAUAAAGACGGUGUCAUGAUUGUUCAUGUACCAUCACAGGGAGGAGGCGUAUAUGGCGAUAAAGAAGCUGCCCUCGAAAGAAUCAAGGACACUGUCGCGAACGUACUCCCUCAGAAUGUUCGCGAUCGUCUAGUCCUCGAGAAUGACGAGAUUUGUUACUCCGCAUCUGACCUUCUGCCCAUUUGCGAGUCACUGCUCAUACCCCUCGUCUUCGAUUAUCAUCACGAUGCACUGAAUCCGUCUUUACCUCGCACGGAGAUAAUUUCGAGAGCGAAUGAGAUAUUUCGAAAGAGGGGGAUCAAGCCAAAGCAGCACUUAAGUGAGGCGAGGGAAGGCGCUGAGACGCUCAUGGAGAAAAGGAAACACUCGGCACGAUGCAAGCUGCUUCCAGAGGAUUUGCCAGAUGAUAUGGACUUGAUGAUCGAAGCGAAAGAUAAAGAGCAAGCGGUCUUGCAGCUCUACAGGACGUAUGAUCUCCAUCCUGUGAUCCAUGCCAGUCUUCGUCCAGCGAGCGACGAUUCUAAACAGGUUGCAGAAGCUAAGGAAGGUAGAAAGUUGAAGCGGCGCGGCAAGAAAGUGGUAGACGACGAUGAAGACGGCGGAGUCUUGGAAGGUCUAGACAUGGGUGGCGGCUCACCCCCAGAGGACAACAUCGGCGAUGGCGUGCUAGCUGCCAACGAACCCGAAGAGGUCACAACUCAGGUCAUACAAGAUGUCGGCGCGGCCAGCUUUGACCAGGAACUUGCGGCAAGGCGGAAUCCUGUGCGCCGCUCGUCUUCUAAGGUGGCAAAACAGGUCAAGGCUAGGGAGGCGUGA